GCAGAUUCCGCUGCCAGGGGGAAGAAGAACCUCGCCAAGCAGAAGCUCUUGAUGGCCUGGAUCAAAGAUCCAGCUAUGCAGGAUGGCUUCUGGGACAUCUGCGCGAAGAUCGGCUUCAAGGAGUCCGUGAGCCAGAAGGCCACCGGGGUGCCCUGGAAGGCCAUGGUGGACAAGUACGGGGAGUCCGAGGCGGAGGAGAUGCGCGACGAUGGCAAGAUCCAG